CGUUGCGUUCGGGUCAUAUUAGCUACAGCUGAUGUUUGAGAAAUUCCAAGAAGAUGUAAUAUUCACUGUCAGUGGUUCUUGCCCAACUAAGUCGGAGGACUUCAAAGGCAACGCUGUGACGUCACAGUCAUGCGCGGGACUAUAGAAGUGGACCACAACGAACAAAAAGGGCGGGAGCAACUGUAGGCCGACGUCGUGUUUUUUUUACGCUUUUGUUCUUAUUUUCCCCACAAAUGUGUGGCGUUUGAUGAAUAAGCGACAUUAAAGCUUGACUGUGCUAAGGUAAACUCGUCAAAGUGGACGCCGAACGUUUUAAAAUGAGUCCGCUUUUUUUUUUAGCUAUCUGUCGAUCGAAGUUAGCAUCGCGUUGCAACAGCUUGUGUGAGCUACAUUAAUGACAUUGUGGAAAACAUGGUUAAAAUCCAACUGCUGAAAACUUUGAUGGAACAGCGGCUAAAUGUUGCUUUUGCAGAGAUUUUUGGACUGGUUGAGAGAACCAUAGCAGAGUACGAGGAGGAACUUUGGACAACGAAACGGGAGAAAUGCCUAGAACGCCAACUACUAGAUUCUGUUCUUCAGCCUCAAGUGGUCUUAAACAGAACAGGCAUCCAUCAUGUGCCAUUGAAGAGUGCAGAAGUCCCCCCUGAGCAGCAAGAGUGGAGCUCCGGUGUAGAUCAGGAGGAGCAAAAACCAACUUGCAUUAAAUUGGAAGAAGUACAAAUGUGCAUCGGUCAGGGUGGGACGCAGCUUCAAGUACCCGAGGAGGAUGACUUAAACACAGAGUUCCUAUUGAAUGGCGUUGUUCUGAAGGGUGAAGACGAUAAAGCUCAGUCCAUACAGCUUCACGACAGUCAAAGUGAGGAAAGCAGAGGUGUGGAAUCUCUGAUCCAACACAUAAUGACGGACAAUGAUGAAGAGCCAGACAAACUCUUUGUUUCACUGUCAGAAAUGGAUGACGGGAUGAACAAAGGGCCGCAGUCUCUACCUCAGUACAUCUCGACAGAAGAUGAUGAAGAGCACUGUGGAGAACAUCUAUCAGAACCAAAAAACGUCUUUGUUUCAUUGUCAGAUAUGGAUGACAUGAUUAACAGAGGGCUGCAGCCUAUACCUCAAAACAUCUCGACAGAAAAUGAUGAGCACCUUGGAGAAAAUAUCCACUCAGAAUCUGAUCAAACACAUCCAGACAGACUCUUUGCUUUACGGUCCAAUAUUAAUGACGUGAUCCACACGUUGCCGCAGCCUCUGAGCAGCAGUUCAACUCAACACACGGCAGUAAUGGGAAAUGGAAACGUCCCCUUGAGAAAAGUCUUCCCUUGUACACUUUGUAAAAGAAAAUUAUCCUCACCAUUUGCUCUGAAAAGACACAUGAUGAUACACAACGGGGAGAUUCCCUUUACAUGUUCAGUUUGCGAUAAGAGAUACAGACAAAAGCACAAAUAUUAUGCACACAUGAACACACACCCUGAACAGACCCACAAAGAAGCACCACGUGCGGUUGUCAAAUUGGCUCCACCCUCAGAUACGGGCAAGACAAUGCCACAAUCAGUUAUACAGAAGAUACCGGUUAUACAGAAGAAACCGGUUAAACAGGAGAAAUUGGUUAAACAGAAGGAACCGCGGAAGAAGAAGCCCAGCUGUCCAGUUUGUGGUCAAAAAUUUAACAAGCCGACAUCCCUGACAAUCCACAAGAAAAAACAUGUUGAAGAGGAAGGUGAUGCCUGCUCUAUUUGUAACCAACCAUUCUCUAAUCCGAAAUACCUGAUGGCACACUGGGAACAACAUAGGCAUGAGAGACUGGUUCACUGCUCUGUUUACGUUCAACAGGUGUUGGCAGAGAGUCAAGAAGAGGAUUUGUCCAAGGAGCAGGACUGGAGUGCCGAUCUGGGGCAGGAUGAGCCACAGCCCCCCUACGUUAAAGAGGAAGAGGGGAAACUGUGGGAUGAGUUUCAUGUAUUGGAGUCUGACGUCAACAAGCUGACAUUUCCAGGUGUUCUUGUGAAGAGUGAGGACAGUGAAGACGAUACGUGUCAGUCCCUUCAGCUUCUUCACAGUAAAAGUGCACGAAACAGAAAACAAAAUCAACACAUUUCAGAAGGUGAUGGAGACGACAUGUCAGACCCUUCUGAGACGGAGCUCAGCAAUGAGGUUAAAGAACCUGUCGAGAAUAAUAAUGACUCUAGAGGUGAUACGACACAUCACAUUGACAACAAACACUUUGUCUGCUCUGAAUGUGGGAAAUCAUUCGAGCAAAGGGGAGGUCUGAAUAGGCACGUACGAGUACACAGUGGAGAGAAACCUUUCGCUUGCUCAGUUUGCGCUAAAAGAUUCUCUUCAAAGGCUCACCUGAAAAGACACAUGAUGAUACACACAGGGGAGAAUCCCUUUUCCUGUUCCGUUUGUGCCAAAAGAUUCCGAGAUAGUUAUGAAUUGAUGUUGCACAUGAGAAUGCACACCGGCGAGAGACCUUUUUCAUGUUCUAUUUGCAGGAGGAGCUUCUCCAGGAAAGAUGACAUGACCUCACACAUGAGGUCGCACAUGGAGAAGCAGUUUAUCUGCUCGCUUUGCCCUAAAAGAUUCACCAGUCAAAAGUACGUCAUGAUACACAUGAGGACACACACCGGGGAAAAACCGUUCAGUUGCAACGUGUGCGAUAAAAGGUUCACGUAUAAAUAUCAGGUCAGUAAACACAAGUGUGUAACAGUCAUGGAAGCUGCAGGGACUUGAAUACACUCAGACUGUCAUUGUGUUAAAUGUACUUUAAAAACACAGCAAACCUUUUUUGAAGCUUCUUAUCUUCAGCCGUUAUCUGGUUUUGCCUUCCACUUACUAGUAAAGUGGAGAGUUUUGUAAAAUGUGCAUUUGUGUAAAUUAUUAUUUACAAAAGGAAAAGAGUGGAGUGCCAUCUCCGGGUUGGGGGAGGAGACCCUGCCCCAAGUGGAGGAGUUCAAGUACCUCGGAGUCUUGUUCACGAGUGAGGGAAGAGUGGAUCGUGACAUCGACAGGCGCGGUGCGGCGUCUUCAGUAAUGCGGACGCUGUAUCGAUCCGUUGUGGUGAAGAAGGAGCUGAGCCGGAAGGCAAAGCUCUCAAUUUACCGGUCGAUCUACGUUCCCAUCCUCACCUAUGGUCAUGAGCUUUGGGUUUUUCAUUUUCAUUUUUUUUUCUAUUUAUUUAUUUAUUUCAGGCAAUGACAUAAAAAAAAGUACAAAGUUGACAACACGUAAUAAUAUAAAUUAAUAUAGUGCAAAAGGUAAUGUAUAGUAUGUAAUGCAUGAUUAUCCAGUUUUGCCUGAAAGGGAGUGGGAAGAAAAUAAUUUAUUUAAUCCCACCCCCAGUUCUCUAUUCAGUGAUAAUUCCCGUGAGUUUCACUGUUACUUUGUUUAAAGGGGAACAUUAUCACCAGACCUAUGUAAGCGUCAAUAUAUACCUUGAUGUUGCAGAAAAAAGACCAUAUAUUUUUUUAACCGAUUUCCGAACUCUAAAUGGGUGAAUUUUGGCGAAUUAAACGCCUUUCUAAUAUUCGCUCUCGGAGCGAUGACGUCACAAUGUGACGUCACAUCGGGAAGCAAUCCGCCAUUUUCUCAAACACCGAGUCAAAUCAGCUCUGUUAUUUUCAGUUUUUUCGACUGUUUUCCGUACCUUGGAGACAUCAUGCCUCGUCGGUGUGUUGUCGGAGGGUGUAACAACACGAACAGGGACGGAUUCAAGUUGCACCAGUGGCCCAAAGAUGCGAAAGUGGCAAGAAAUUGGACGUUUGUUCCGCAC